AACAGCCUCGGUGCUGCGGAACUCUUGCCUCGGCUCAACCGACACUCGGUCAGGCAGUCAGACGAGUCCCAUCCAGUCUUUGCCGCCGCCCACACAGCCAGCCAGAGUGUGAAUGUGCGCCGGUUCGAGCCCGAGGCUGCUGAGUCUGUGGCCGGUUUGCACGAAUCAAACCAUCUUCGACAUGAGGACUGGCAAACCGAAUGUGCAUUUUCCUCUUUUGACCGUGUGCACGUCAGUCGCCUACGCAUGAGUCGUCGUUGUUGUGACACCGCCGUGCACCCACACAACCCCCUCCCUCUACCCCCCCUCCCAGUCGCCCCCUCCCGCGGGGGGGUUGUCCACACCAUCAAAGUGUGUACCAAGUGUGAGACCGGUCGCGUCUACAUGCACUCCCGGGAGAUGUCGACGGCUCCCUCACCCUCUUUGCCCCCCCCCCCCCCC